GCGGAACUUCUCUUCUACCCUAACAGGCUACAGCAUGUAUAUGCUUCAUAACAUUAGUUAUUCAUAACAUAGUGAUGGCAGCUGCAAUGACCUUACGUGUGCGGCAGACGGGAAGGUCAUGGGCGCAGUUACGCUGUUUGCAUGUCACUUUGGGACUGGAGAAGGCCAAAACUGGAGCAGAACAGCAAUGGCUGACAAGGCAACAGAGGGACCCAUAUGUAAAAGCAGCACAUGCACAAAACUACCGCUGCCGCAGUGCCUUCAAACUGCUAGAGAUUGACAAGGAGCAUAAAAUUCUGCGACCAGGACAACAUGUAAUAGAUUGUGGUGCAGCACCAGGGGCCUGGAGUCAGGUGCUUGUUGACAAAGUGAAUGCCUUGGGACAAGACCCAGCUUUGAGUGUUGGAUUUGUGUUGGGUGUAGACCUUCUUCAUAUAACUCCGCUGGACGGGGCAGUUUUCCUUCCUAAGUGCGACGUUACACUACCUGCCACCCACGAGAAGAUAAGAAGUCUCCUCCCGUCUGGGCAGGCAGAUGUCAUCUUGAGCGACAUGGCUCCCAAUGCCAGUGGGAUCAGAGAAUUGGAUCAUCAGAGACUUGUCAGCAUGUGUCUGUCCCUGCUGGACUUUGCUGAGAUGGUUCUGCGACCUGGGGGAAGCUUCCUGUGCAAACUCUGGGAUGGCAGUGAAAGCAAUAGCAUGAGGGACAGAUUGCGGCGGCGAUUUCAGCAUGUGAAGACUCUGAAGCCUAAAGCUAGCAGGAUGGAGUCUGCAGAGAUAUUUUUGUUGGGAAAAUUACACAAUAAUACUAAAUCUUUAAAUCUAUAAUCCUCUGAUAGCUGCUAAUCCCACAAAUGAAACAUUCUACUGUUGUUGAAGUCAUUAUUUAUACAUGGAAUCAUCAUCAUCAUCAUCAUCAUCAUUAUUAAUACAGAAAUUACUUUGAACACGUU